UACCAAUUAUUUCUUGCAUAUCUACUUCAUCCUUUCCUAACAUUAAUAUUCCAUUUAAUGACACCUUAUAUACUUUAGUGUACUUUUGUUUUUUCACUAUCACAUAAUUUCCAGCUUUAAUUACAUCCUCGUUUUCACCCAUACUUUAUAUUUUCUUUUUAUUUUACAAAAUUAAUCUCUUUAAUACCAAUGUUUCUAAGUGUAACGACUCGUCAAUUUUAGGUUAAACAGUAUUAAAUAUGCGGUCAUAUAAAGUGAGUUAAAUGGCACAUGUAACUGAUACUACAUUACCACCUUGUGAUAUUAUUUAUAAUGUAAAUAUAAUUUAUACUUUUAUUCAAAUCAAUUAAUUAAUUGUAAAAAAAGGAAAAAGUAACCGCGUUUUUAACAACAAUUGAAUGAUUAAUAUUCAUUUAUGUAUUAUAAAAUAUUAUAAUUUACUUUUAUAUUUUAUGAAAAGAUAAAAUACAAUAGUAAAAAUAAUCAAUGGAAUAUUUAUAUGUUAUAACAAAAUUGGCGAGAUAAUUAUUUUACGACAAAUAUCUAUAUUCUCUCUUUUAAAAAAUAUUUUUGUUAAAAUGUGUAAUAGUACGCAACAUUUUCACUGCUAGAGUCAUCAGAAUGAAAAGCUAACCUAUAUUUAUUCUGUAGAUACAAAUAUAAAGGAUGGUUAUUUGUACUGAAUUUCAAGCAAUUGUACUUGCUGGCGGAAAGGGUUCUCGUAUGACAGAACUCACAGCUGGUCAACCAAAAUGUUUAUUACCUAUUGGAAAUAAACCAAUGAUUUGGUUUUCUCUACAGCUACUUGAACGUAGUGGAUUUAAGGAAUGUAUUAUAAUAGUAUCAGAAUCAGCGAAGAAUGAUGUAUCGUUGUUGUUGGAUAAAUUAGAUUUAAAAAUUAAAAUGGAAAUUAUAGGAAUACAAGGUGCAGAAGAUCUUGGUACCGCAGAUUCCAUUAGACUUAUUCAUGAAAAAAUUCACACAGAUUUUUUAGUAUUAUCGUGUGAUUUGAUAACAGAUAUUGAUAUCUCUGAAACAUUAAAUCUAUAUAGAAAACAUAAUGCGAGUAUUACAGCAUUAAUGUUACCAAUGUUCAAAAUAUCAGAUGAAUUUGUUACUCCAGGACCUAAAAAUAAACAAAAACCAGAAACAGAUCUAAUGGGAAUAGACAAUGAGACUGGACGUUUAGUAUUUUUGGCGUCGGCUUCAGAUUUCGAAGAAACAAUAAAUAUAUCACAAAAAAUUCUCAAGAAACAUACCAAUUUUACUAUGUAUUCUAAACUGAUGGAUGCACAUGUGUAUAUUAUUAAUAAGUGGGUUUUAGAUUUUCUAGUAUUUAAUAAAAACAUUAGUACAUUGAAAGGUGAACUUCUUCCAUAUAUAGUUACUAAGCAAUUAUCAAAACCACCUAAGCAAUGUCCAGAAGACAAAAAUACUUCCAUGGUACAGGUAAAUUUGAAAGAAGAUAUAUUCCGUUUUGCAGUUGCAAAACCAUUAGACGAGUUAAUAAGAAGAAUGUCUGCAUUUAAUGACCACAGUACUGAUUUACAAGAAGCUUAUCAUGAUGAUAUAAUUAGAUGUUAUGCUCACAUUAUGAAUAAUGGGUUUGGAUUAAGAGCUAACACUAUACAAAUGUAUCAUUUUGCAAAUUUUAAGAUAUCGGAUUGGUCGUCUAGUAUUAUAAAAUCUGAUCUAUUCCUGAAUACAUCAUCAUCUGCUACUGUUAAAAGUACACAAGUUCAAAAUUGUAGUAUAGAUGAAAAUGCAUUUAUUGAUGAAAAGACAUCCCUGAAAGUUAGUCACAUUGGUCCUAACACAAUUGUUGAAACGAAAACCAGAAUUUUAAAUAGUGUUAUAAUGGGCAAUGUAACUAUAAAACAAAGAUGCGCAAUACACAACAGUAUUUUAUGCAAUGGAUCUAUCAUCGAAGAAGGUACCGAAUUAAAAAAUUGUAUAGUUGGAGCUCAACAUGUUGUAACAUCUAACAGUCAACAUUCUCGAGAAGUAUUAACUGAAGCUGACAGAUUAAUAGAGAUUUAAUUAUUCACUAAUAAUUUAUUAUUCGAAGUAUGUAUGACUUAAGUGACAGGUAUGGAUCAUGCGUUUAUUGUAUCGGUGUAUAAACUUGUGUCAAUUAGAAAAAAUUUAAAGAAAUUAUCUUUGAAUUUAAUUAUAUCUUAUUCAUUUACCUGUAGAAGUAUUACGUAAAGUGUUAGUACAUAUAGUUUAAUCAUAAUUAGAUUGAAGGGAUUUAGAAAAUAUAUUAAAAUAUGCAGCUAUUCGCUCGGUAGUACUUGCGUUUCGUGAUUUAUCAUUAGAUUUUAAUACAUAGCAAAUACUAUCGACCCAGGUCUCACCACGUGGAGGUUGCUGCAUGUGGAGACCCACGGACUGACGGUGAUUCUAAUUUACUCUAAAAUCCGCGUUCCGCGAUACCGAUCC